GCGGGUUGUUGGAUGCUGGGGUCCUCGGCGGGAGAGCUACGACGGGACGACGUCGGGGCACUUACAGGCAGCAAGCCGUCACGUCAUAUUAUUCGGACCCUUUGGAGCGCGCAUGACAUCUGCAAAUCAUGCGGUUCAUCGUCGAGAGCGGGAUGCCGUUCAACAGCACGAAGCUUGAAAGCUUCAAACGCAUGUUCACGAUGAUAAUCCCGCCGGGGAUUCCAGGGGCGCCCGCGCCUAGACUUCCCUCGUACCACAUGCUGCGCACGACCCUUUUGGACGAGCUGGAUGGUGAGGUCCAGAAGUGUGUUCGGCCGGUGCUUGACACGUUGAAAGAGACCGGUUGCAUAAUCAUGACCGAUGGUUGGACCAACAUCCGUGGUCAGACGUUGUGGAACUACCUUGUUGGUACAGAGAUCGGGGUGGUGUAUGUGUCCACUGACGUCAUGCGUGGCAAAAAGGACGCCAGUGCCCUCGCGAGCGCAUGGUUGAAAAGGGUGAAGUCCAUGGACGUUCAAUUGAGCGACAUCACGGCGUUCGUGACGGACUCCGCCGGGGUGAACGUCGCGGCGAUGGAGGUAUUCCAAAAAGAUGAGAGCGUGAAACACAUCUUCUGGAUUCCUUGCGUCGCCCACAUCAUGGAUCUCAUUCUCAAGGACAUCGGCGGGAUUGAUUGGGUGGCUUCCCGCAUUUCUCAAGCGAGGCCGGUUACAAGGUUCUUCAAGCGCCAUGGACAUGCGAGAGAGGUUCUUGAGGCGCACUCGACGAAGACUCUUCUGCUACCGGCGGAGACGCGUUUCGGCACGAACGUCAUCAUGAUGGAGAGGCUGGUGGCACUGCGGGCAGCGUUGACAGAUGUUGUGGCCGACGAUCGCUGGCGCGAGACUGUUUGGUCGACCAGCAAGAUCCGCAAGGAUGCAGCGGAGGUCACUGCAUGUAUCGGCUCCCCUCCAUGGUGGGAGGAUUUGAGAGCUCUGUGCAAGAUGCUAGAGCCCAUCAUGGGCAUGCUGAAGUUGGUGGACAGCGACACAYGCCAGAUCAGCAAGAUUCUGCGACGUUACGAGGAAAUGAUUGCAUCUUGUUUAUCCGCAUGUCGUGACAUUGAUCGGGAGCAGCAGGAUGCUAUUGUGGAGGUGUUCCACAGGCAGCGCACCAUGUUCAAGACCCCCGCCCACGUGGCAGCCAUGCUGCUAGAUCCAGAGUUCCGGGACGCGACGCUUUGUGACGAUGCGGAGGUGCAGCAGGCCUUGGUCGAGGCCCUUGUCCAGUUCGGCUACCAGGAGGAUUCGCCGCAGCACCGGGAGGUCCAACGAGCGGUCGCCAAGCUCCACACGAGGGAGCCCCCUUUCGAUGAGCUCACCAUGCGGCGAGCUGCGGAUAUCUUUGAUCACCCUGCCAGUUUUUGGUCCUCAAAGAAGGCGAAGUUCCCUCACACGACCGUGUUUGCAGGUAGGAUCCUUCGUAUAUGGGCAACCGCCUCACCGUGCGAGAGAGCGUGGUCUCGUUGGAGCUUCAUUCAUUCGAAGUCUCGCAACAGGUUGGAGGUUCCCCGGGCUGAGAAGCUUGUGCGGUGCCACUGGAACCUCAGGCUACUCGAUCGACCUUCGUUGUGCGACGAUGGUGUUGGAGAGAGGCCCGACGUCUUCGGGAAAUGGGUGCAUUAUUGGCAGGCCGUGGAGGACGAGGCAGCCGUGGACCAGCAGCUCCCUGCUAGACGAGAUGACGCGCGUCGUGACAGAGGGUUCGACGAGUUCGGCGGCGACACGAUACUGCAUCCUCCAGAGUCCGGCACUCCCGCCAUUUUUCAUGUCGGUGCACCGUGGGCGGUGGAGCAGGGGUUGGCGGAGGAGGUAGCAUGGAACCAUCGUGGUGGACCGCACGUCGCAGCUCAACGUAGUCUGGAAGGUUCACUAGAGGCAGCGUCUGGAGAUUUUUUGGCGCAUGGGGGUCAUGGUUCGCAGUUGUUAUCGGACGGCGUGUCAUCAGUCCAUCCACCAGAGGAGGGCCCGCAGCAAGAGCCACAACGAGGGCCAGCGGAGACUUUAGAGGCGAGGCCUCCCGGAGUUAUCCGCUCGGACGGAGGCGAGGGCAUGAGCCAGCAUACAGCGCAGCCAGGGAGCGCAGAUGGUGGACGGUCCUUCAGGGGGGGCAUCGAGCGCAGAGGGUCAUCGACCACACACCCCAGCAUUGUCAGGCCCAACACACAUGACGUUGGAGACGGGCACACAGAUGAGCCUCGACCGCAUUUGACGGGGAUGCGUGACAUUAUGUGUCCACCACCGUCACGCCCCUCUGCCGCUGACCCUGCCGCCCACGGGCAGGCCGCGCCGAGCGCAUUGCCUACGAGGUCUUUCUACGACAGUGCGGGCAUGGACCGGAGGGCGGGCGAUAUCGAACAGACAUCAGCAUAUGGACCGACAGAUGUGCCCGCGGGGGCGCGAUCGAUCGGCAACGUCGAUGGCACUUGUCAUGAUUCCAUGAGAGCUUACGAGGAGCAGCAUGGGAGGCCUAUACGGGCCAAGACGAGCGAUGUCAACGACACYAGGACGGCAACUGCGAGGCUGUCACGGGCGAAGAAGAAGGGAACAGGUGUGUCGAUUCCGUAUCACCGGCGCCGCCUGCAUCCUUUUUCCCGCAACAAGGACGAGACCAGACAGAUGCCAGCUGCCGCAGAUGGACAGGGGGGGGCAGAGGGAGGUGACAGAGUGGACGGAGCAGGUCGAGGUGAGAAGAGACGAGGCGACACGAUCAUCCUCCACGACGACAGCUCCACAGCCGCUGAGGGCGGUGAGACCACAGGCGCCGACGAUCCUGAUGACUCCGAUUACGUCCCGACGAUCCGUACGGCGGACGCAGAUAACGGCGGAGGUCGUCGCGUGAGGAUGAGGACUGGACCUGGCCCGGAUGCACUCGCAGCCUACGACGAAAAGUUGGUGCAAGACUCGUGGUGGACCGUGACGAGCGAAAUAUCAGCAGGAAGUGACCAAGAAGAAACGUCAAGUGAGGAAGGAGAAAGCUCGGGAGAAAGUAGCAGCGAUAAGGAGGGUACGAACACUAACAAGGAAAGUGAGUACAAGGGAACGAUUCGGCGCAUGGAGAGUGAGGUUGAACCUAAGUACUCUAAGUUGCCUAGGUUGACGGACGUUGCAAGGGUAAAAGGGGGGGUGAAGCUGGGAAUGAAGUUGAGUAGGGAAACUGGAGGGGUGACAGAGCCGGUGGCCGCAAGAAAUUAGGAUGAGCGGAGUGCGGAUCCACCUCUUGAAGAAAUAGACACCCCUGUCAGGCAAAAGGUAGAUACCGAAAUGCAUUUGCAAA